CUCAUGGACCUGACCUCAGAGGUGCACCAGUGCCGCCCAGAUGGAUGCGGGAUGAGUCAGCAUUCUGGAAGCCUUCAAGAUGCAGAAAGUGACCCUGCGCCCAGCCCAGCACCCAGUCGUCAACUUCGCUUGGCCUCCUGAGGCGUCCGGAAGUUCAUACUCCAAACUGAAGUCUCGCUUCUCAGAAAUCUUGAUUGAGCUGCAGUCCUGGGCUCUAGCCUUGGGUCAUUCUCAUCUCUCUCUGGGCCUUUGUUGGGCAAAGGAGCCCCUGCCAGCUGCCCCUGGAACCUGAACAAGUGCGGGGGAGGAGAGCUCACAUGCUGGAGCGACGGGAAGACAGGCCGUCUGUCCCGCCUCUGACAGGUUAAAAGCCAUUUGGGAUGGUCUUCAUGGUCUGGCAAGUCAAUCAUCAGACCCGGAAUUUGCCUCUUUGAGCUGUUUUCUCUGUUGGAUGGUGUACAGCUGAAGUACAAGUGGUGAAUUGUAAUCUCUACUCAACUGUGUAAAUCAGGGAGUGAUCAUACCAGCCAUAGAUACUUUGUCAGAUCGAAACAGACAAUGCAAAAAUGUUUUAAAUGUCAUCAAAUCAUUAUAAAACUGAGCGAGCAAGCUUUCAACGUAAGAAACAAAAUAAACUUGAUUUUCAUGUAGUCAUUAAGAACACCAUUGUCUGCCAUGUAGUAGCACAUAUUAAUGCUUCAAAGCGCUUUCCCUAGGGAUGCAGACAUGCACCCGAGACACAGAAGCUGGUUUUUGCAUUGUAAAUUAAAAUUAAAUAAAAUUUCAAAUUCAGUUCCUCAGUUGCACUGGUGGCAUUUCAAGGGCUCAGUAGCCACAUGUGACUGGUGGCUACCAUGCUGGACAGUGCAGAUCCAGAACAUCAUCGCAGAGAUCGGCUGGACUUCCAACAACCUGGGGCGGGGUGCAGGAGAGGCUGCCUUCUGAGACAAAAUUUGUCACAUGGAAAAUUUGACCAACGGUGAAGUUAGUAUGUAAGUGUGACUGCAUACUUAGCAAUGUAUUCUCUUGGAUACUGGGUUACAUCAAAGGUGCCCUGAAGGAUAUAUGGAAUUUUACUUUUGCUUUUCUGGUAGGUCGGAGCUCAAUCAAAUAGGCUCCGAUAGCAUGGUAAUGUAGCCAGGUUUUGAAGAGACAAAGCCAAAGCUGAAUUGAGGCCGUGAUUUCAGUUAAUGUGUGGGGUGUGCACCUGGGCCCUUGAGUGCACAGCCAGGUGCAGGAACCCCAUUUCUAGCAGUGGGGGCACUCUGAAAGUGGGAACCCCACUCAAAGGCAACCCCACCAACAAUUCUGGGCUGGGCGCUGAACUGAGAUGAUUGGUGGCAGAUUCUGGGGCAGUGGUGGGGGACUCACAGGGAUGAUAGACAACAGCUGGAUUAAAGCUGCUCCUGCACCUCAAACAUCUGCCCACAACACCCAGAACUAUGUUCCCAGCCCAAAGCCUGGCUCUCCAUGCCUUCAAAGUGAGGGUAGUGGAGCUGGCUGAUGGUUGUUUCUAAGCUCCCAGUCCUGGCCCAUACCUGCCGAGGAGGCCAGGCAGCCAGCUGUGUAUCAAGUGGGACGGUCUUACUACUUGGAAGUGGCUGGGUAUCUAAGCCCUUUUCUGACUGCCUCAGUCCCCGCCUCCUGCCUGCCGUUAGAGCUGAGGGGAAGCUGAACUGGCUGUGGCCCCCGCCACUGCCUCUACUCCAGUGAUGAUGUGGAUCUUCCACACUCUGCUCUGCGUGACCAGCCUGGCUUUCCUGGGGGCCUUCAAUGUGGAUGUGUCCUGGAACUGGGUGACACCCAAGGAAAUGCCUUUCGUGCUCAGCUCCCUUCUGCACCAAGACUCCAGCACCAACCAGACCUGGCUUCUGCUCACCAGCCCUAGAACCACCAGGACAUCAAACCUUCUGCGUCGAUGUUCCCUUAACGAUGACCUCCCUUGCCAAUUAGUAGACCACGGCCACAUCCCAAAGGGGCGGCACCGGGGAGUGACAGUUGUCCGGAACCACCAUGGGGUUUUGAUAUGCAUUCAAGUGCUGAAAGUGCGGCCCCACAGCAUCAUCUCUGAGCUCACGGGCACAUGUAGCCUCCUGGGCCCAGACCUCCGUCUUCGGUUUCUGCUUAACUUCCCAGAGGCCAGUGAAAAUGUCCUGAGUCCCAAUGCACCUUUGGAUUCUGGAGACGGCUCCAGGGAGAAAAGAAGCAGCGGAGAGUAUCCAGCCAGGUGGCACCAGACUCCGAAGGCUGAGGAGGAGGAAGGCGAGGAUGAGGAAGGCGAGGAUGAGGAAGGCGACGACGAGGAAGGCGAGGACGAGGAAGCUGGCACAGAAAUCGCCAUCGUCCUGGAUGGCUCAGGAAGCAUUGAGCCCGAAGACUUCCAGAGAGCCAAAGACUUCAUCUCCGACAUGAUGAGGAAAUACUCUGAGAAGUGCUUUGAGUGCAGCUUUGCCCUGGUGCAGUAUGGGGAGGUGAUCCAGACCGAAUUUGACCUUCUGGAGAGCCAGGAUGUGAUGGCCACCCUCAACAAAGUCCAGAACAUCACUCAAGUGGGGAAGGUUACCAAGACUGCCUCCGCCAUGAAGCACGUCCUAGACAACAUCUUCACACCGAGCCGUGGCUCUAAAAAGAAGGCAUCUAAGGUCAUGGUGGUGCUCACUGAUGGAGACAUUUUCCAGGACACCAUCAACCUCACAACUGUCAUCAACUCCCCACAGAUGGAAGGUGUUGAGCGAUUUGCCAUUGGGGUGGGGGAAGCAUUUAACAAGACUAAGCCUGCCGAGACACUGAAUCUGAUCGCCUCACAUCCCAGUGACACCCACGCCUUCAAGGUGAACAACUACAAGGCACUGGAUGGGCUGCUGGGCAAACUGCAACAGAACAUCAUUCGUACGGAAGGCACCGUCGGAGAUGCCCUCCACUACCAACUGGCACAGGUUGGCUUUAGCGCCCAGAUCCUGAGUGAGAGGAAGGUGAUGCUGGGCGCCGUGGGAGCCUUUGACUGGUCAGGGGGUGUGAUCCUCUACGACUUGCACAGCCAGAAGGGCCACUUCCUGAAUCAGACGGCGGCAGUGGCCAAGACUGCGCCUUACAGCUACCUAGGCUAUGACUUGGCGGUGCUGUACAAGGCCGGCAGCGUCUCCUAUGUGGCGGGUGCUCCUCGACACAAGCAGCACGGGGCUGUGUUUGAGCUCCAGGACAAAGAGACCAACUUUGUACCAGUGCUGGAAGGAGAGCAGAUGGGGUCCUAUUUUGGCUCUGAGCUCUGCCCUGUGGACGUCGACAUGGAUGGGACCACGGACUUCUUGCUGGUAGCGGCUCCAUUUUACCACAUUCACGGAGAGGAAGGCAGAGUCUAUGUGUAUCGUCUGAAUAAGGAUGGUUCCUUCUCCUUGGCAUACACGCUGAGUGGGCACCCUGGGUUCGCUAGUGCCCGAUUUGGCUUUGCCAUGGCGACAGUGGGGGAUAUCAAUCAGGAUAAGCUCACAGAUGUGGCCAUCGGGGCCCCCAUGGAAGGCUUUGGAGCAGAAGACGACACCAGCUUUGGCAGUGUGUACAUCUACAAUGGACGCCGGAGUGGCCUCGCCUCCAGUACCCCGCAGAGGAUCCCCGCCUCAAAGGUGGCCCCAGGACUCCAUCACUUCGGUGUGUCCCUGGACGGGGGCUUAGACAUCACCGGCGACGGUCUUGUUGACAUCACCGUGGGGACUCUGGGCCAGGCAGUUGUGCUCCGCUCAAGACCUGUGGUUCUUGUGAGGCCAACCAUGAACUUCACCCCCGAGGCACUGCCCAUUGGCUUCAACAGCAGCGUGAGUGUGACUUUGUGUUUUGAAGUCAGCUCUGCGACCCCGGCUGCCAAGUCAGGGCUCAGAGAGACAUUUCUGACCUUCACAUUGGACGUGGACGUGGCAAAGCAGAGGAAGAGGUGGCAGUCUUCAGACAAGAGAACCGGUCAGAGCUACCUCAGCAGUUGGAGCAGUUUUUGUCAGUCCUUCCAGCUCAUUCCCACAGAGGCAGAUCUCUGUGAGGAGGACUGCUUCUCCAAUAUCAGCGUCAAGGUCAGCUACCAACUGCACACUCCCGAGGGCCUGGCGGACCAGCCUCAGCCUGUCCUGGACCACUACGCGGAGCCCUUUGCCGUCUUCCAGCUGCCCUAUGAGAAGGACUGCAGGGAUAAGCUCUUCUGCAUCGCUGACUUGCAGUUGACCUCCACCAUCUCUAAGGAGAACUUGGUGGUAGGAACAGAACAGGACCUGGUCAUGAACGUCAGCCUAGUUAACUAUGGGGAAGAUUCCUACAUGACAAGCAUGACUUUAAAUUACCCCAGAAACUUACACUUCAAAAGGAUACAAAAGACUCCUUCUUCAGACAUUCAGUGCACUGACCCGAAGCCAGCUGCUUCCGACUUGGUCAUGAACUGCAAGAUUUCUCACCCCAUAUUCAAGAAGUCAUCUGCAAACAUUUCAGUAGCGUGGCAGCUAGAGGAGAAAGCCUUCUCAAAAGGGACAGCCAACAUCACUGUGACAGUCACCAAUUCCAAUGAAAACAAGUCUUUGGCUAUAAUGACCCACAGCCUUAAAUUCAAGCAUGGCUUCACUGCAGUUCUUCCCAAACCAUCAGUGAUGUACAUGAACACAAGCCAGGGGCUUUCUGACACCAAAGAAUUCCUCUUUAAUAUACAAGGGGAAAAUAAAUUUGGCGCCAAAUUCCAGCUGCAAAUCUGUAUUCCAACCAUAAUACAAGGUUUCCAGAUUCUAACAGUGAAGAAUGUGACAAAGACUCAGGCCUCCACGGAGUGCACCGGAAGUAAGGAGUGCGCUUGUGGGAGCAAUUCGGCUCAGAAUGUGGAAGGUUGGCAUUCAGUGAGCUGUGACGUCAGUUCGGAUAAGGACAAUGUAACCGUGAUUGCAGAGUUCUCCGUGACUAAGCGGUUACUAGCAGAUAUAACUGAACUGCAGAUCCUUGGUGAAAUAUCUUUUGACAAAAACCUGUAUGAGGAGCAGAAUGGAAAGAACAACAGAACUACGAUCACCGUCAUCUUCCUGAAAAAUGAGGUGUACCUUUCUUUGCCUCUCAUCAUUGGAAGCAGUGUUGGGGCCUUUCUGGUCUUGAUUGUCAUUAUCAUCAUCCUGGUCAAGUGUGGCUUUUUUAAAAGAAAAUAUCAACAAAAAAACUUGGAAAAGAUAAGGAAGGCCCAGAUGGAGUCAGAAAACCUGCUCACAAAGGAAUACUAGGAGCCUCCCUGGUGGCGGAGGGGUUAAAGGCAGCGUCAUCAAGCUAUCCGAAGCCACUGCAGCACGAGUUCAUUUGAUCCCCAGACGGCCAGGGAGCUACCCACAUGGCACAGCAGACCUCUCCUGCCUCGCCCACUGCUCCACUCAGCUGUGUAUUUCAGUACAUCUGCCUGUUCUGCUCCCCACUUUGAUGAAUCCUCUCACCACCUGCACCUCUGGUUCUUGUAUGCAUAAAUAAAUAAAUCUUAAAAAUAAAUAAAUCUUAAAAAAACAAGAAGGAGUACUAUGGCCAGCUUCCUCAGCCAUGGUAAGAGAGCGUGACCCUGUCCUCAGACUUCAAGAGACUUGGUGUCUCACUGGCUGCUUUUUCCUGCAGGAUGGUCUAGAUUAGACUCUAACAGUUGUUUGUAGAAUAUUGUUUUUUAACCAUAUGUUGCCCCCAAUAUGUCUGUAUUCUGCAAAAAAUUAACUUGGUAGCCCUUUGGUGUGUGUAGGGGCAGGAAGGGAACAGAGCAGGAUCUCUAUGAUCCGAGCAGACAGGUGAAGGAGGAGUCCUGGAGCCCUCGGUGGCUUUUUCAGGGUUUUAUUGAGUUUACCAGGUACAUGGCAGGGAGGGGGGCCAGGGGGCCAGGAGGCUGGCAGGCCUCCCAGCCCCCGCUGAGUCUGGCAUUCUGCUUCUCUGCUGUUCUCCUGGUCUUCUGUUCUCUUUCUCACUUCCUUCUUGUGGUUCCGUUCCCUGUCACGCUGCCCUUAUAACCCCUGUCUCAGCCCAGGUGUGCCCACCUACGUGUGCCCACCUACGUGUGCCCAAACCCUACCCCAGGUGUUCACCGUCAGGCAUACAUUUAAUCUAAUGGCGGGAGGGCAGAAAAGCCCGAUAAUUACUUAACUUACAGAGUUAAUGUUAAACUGUUUUCUGUGCAGAAGCACCGUUAAUAUGCAAAUAUAACACAAGCUGACUUUCCCCCCCAAGGGGAGUUAUAUAGCAUUUCCAGUCUUGUUUCCUUUGUAUGCUUUUUUCCUUGCCAUGUCUUUUAAUGACUCUCAAAAUAGUGUUCUGCAAAGUACUUCUGGGGACUGUGGUCAAAUGUGAUUCCUAAUUUGGUAUUUGCAAGGUCCUAAUGUUACAGUGAUAAGAAAAUACAUUAUUGAGCAGAUGAAUAUAAUAAAGAUUCCAGCAGAACUUCCAGCCCAGGUGCAAUGAACCUCCAAUGCAGGUAUCAUUAGCAAGUUUGCUUUCUUAGAGCGCUUUCCCUUUGAAGAUUAAUGGCCAGGGCCUCAGCAUUUCUAUCUAAAUAAAGUCACAUUUCAACAGGGUUGGGUAGCUGGCCAAGCUGGUCUAUCUCUCCAAGGCUAUACCCAAAUGCCUGCAUCUUUCCCCCUUUGCCUGCCCCCACCCCCCACCAGCCCACCCUUCUCUGGAGACUUUGCAGCAAAUGGUUGUGCCUGCUGAAAACUGAUGCUAUUAAUGUAAGAUAGUUGUUUAUAAAAGAAACCGUUUGUCUUUAAACAGG